CGCUCGGUGAGUGACCGCGACUUUUCAAAGCCCGGGGGCAGCGCGCGGGAGUCGACCAACGUGAGCGCAGGCGGUUUCUUAACCCUGCUCUCCCUGGAGCGAGCUGGGGAGGAGGGCGCAGGGGGGAGCACCGCCGACCGGAGCGCGCGCUCUUAGACAAACUUUACUUGUCACCGAAGCAGGGACGCACGGGUGUCCCCCGCUCCCCAGCGCGCUGUUGCGGCCCCGAAACUUCAGCGCACAGCCCAGGCCAACCCCGCGUGAACUGAGCGACCGUUCUAUGACUGCAAAGAUGGAAACGACCUUCUACGACGAUGCCCUCAACGCCUCGUUCCUCCAGUCCGAGAGCGGCGCCUACGGCUACAGUAACCCUAAGAUCCUGAAACAGAGCAUGACCUUGAACCUGGCCGACCCGGUGGGCAAUCUGAAGCCGCACCUCCGCGCCAAGAACUCGGACCUCCUCACGUCGCCCGACGUUGGGCUGCUUAAGCUGGCGUCGCCCGAACUGGAGCGCCUGAUCAUCCAGUCCAGCAAUGGGCACAUCACCACCACGCCGACCCCCACCCAGUUCUUGUGCCCCAAGAACGUGACCGACGAGCAGGAGGGCUUCGCCGAGGGCUUCGUGCGCGCCCUGGCCGAACUGCAUAGCCAGAACACGCUGCCCAGCGUCACGUCCGCGGCACAGCCGGUCAGCGGGGCGGGCAUGGUGGCCCCCGCGGUGGCAUCGGUAGCCGGCGCUGGCGGCGGCGGAGGCUACAGCGCCAGCCUGCACAGCGAGCCUCCGGUCUACGCCAACCUCAGCAACUUCAACCCGGGUGCGCUGAGCAGCGGCGGCGGGGCGCCCUCCUACGGCGCGGCCGGGCUGGCUUUUCCGUCGCAGCCCCAGCAGCAGCAGCAGCCGCCUCAGCCGCCGCACCACUUGCCCCAACAGAUCCCGGUGCAGCACCCCCGGCUGCAGGCCCUGAAGGAAGAGCCGCAGACCGUGCCCGAGAUGCCGGGAGAGACCCCGCCCCUGUCCCCCAUCGACAUGGAGUCUCAGGAGCGGAUCAAGGCGGAGAGGAAGCGCAUGAGGAACCGCAUCGCUGCCUCCAAGUGCCGGAAAAGGAAGCUGGAGAGGAUCGCCCGACUAGAGGAAAAAGUGAAAACCUUGAAAGCGCAAAACUCGGAGCUGGCGUCCACGGCCAACAUGCUCAGGGAACAGGUGGCACAGCUUAAACAGAAAGUCAUGAACCACGUUAACAGUGGGUGCCAGCUCAUGCUAACGCAGCAGUUGCAAACGUUUUGAGGACAGACUGUCAGGGCUGAGGGGUAAUGGAAGAAAAAAUAUCAGAGACAGACUUGAGAACUUGACUGGUUGCGAAAGAAAAACAAAAGUGCCCGAGUACCGAAGCCAAGGGUACACAAGAUGGACUGGGUUGCGUCCUGACGGCGCCCCCAGUGUGUUGGAGUGGGAAGGACGUGGCGCGCCUUGCCUUGGCGCGGAGCCAGAGAGCGGCGGCCUAUUGGCUGACAGGCCUGGCGAAUGGGCUGUGCCCGCGCGACCAGAGCAAUGGACUUUUCGUUAACAUUGACCAAGAACUGCAUGGACCUAACAUUCGAUCUCAUUCAGUAUUAAAGGGGGGGUUGGGUGGGGGGUUAUAAACUGCAAACUGUAGAUUGCUUCUGUAGUGCUCCUUAAGAACACAAAGCAGGGAGGGCUAGGGAGGGGAGGGAGGCUCGUGAAUGCCAGGCUAGACCGCAGAUGAACUUCCCUGGCCUGCCUCCCUCGACUGUGUAUGUACAUAUAUAUUUUUUUUAAUUUGAUGAAAGCUGAUUACUGUCAAUAAACAGCUUCCUGCCUUUGUAAGUUAUUCCAUGUUUGUUUGUUUGGGUGUCCUGCCCAGUGUUGUUUGUAAAUAAGAGAUUUGAAGCGUUCUGAGUUUACCAUUUGUAAUAAAGUAUAUAAUUUUUUUAUGUUUUGUUUCUGAAAAUUUCCAGAAAGGAUAUUUAAGAAAAUACAAUAAAGUAUUGAAAAGUA